ACAAUCGAGUCGGUUAUAUAGACUUAGCAAUGGCAAUUUAACUUUGAAUAACCAAUUCAACUAACUACACAAAACAUAUUGAAGUAGACGUACGAAAUGUACAGGCGUAGAUCUUUAGCGAAAUUUAAUCGAAGAUCAUUCUUUGUUUUCACUUGUAAUUUCAUUUUGCAAUUUUUCAACGUGACAUUGCCACGACAAAAUUACAAUUGUAACGCACAAAUUUGUUAUGAAAUACUUCUUGUAUCGAUCUUUAUCGUACGAAAUUCUUGAAUAAGGAACAGAAUCCCCCGCAUCUUCUCUAUCCUUCCGCUUCUCGUUAUUCUGUCGUAAAUGACAAGCUUAAAUGAGUUUCAGCUUGCAUGACCUAACAAACCAUAUUGAUCUGGAACACCGAAUUGAAACUGAACGGGACAACUGACAUAUCGAUUCCGCAGCAUGUCCUACUUUCGUCAAGUCGACUGUGAAGGAUACGUCGCUCUUCGUGCUCUUUUCGAUUUGUCUUUAUACCGUUUGUCUUGAGUAGUCGCGCUCAAUGGACUCACUCAGAUUUCAACUGAUCGGAGGAAGAAGGAUUUCUAUGUAGGAAAUUCGGAGGAUCGAAGGGAUUCAGUAGAACGACUGGACGAUAUGUGACUCCGGAAAGCAUUUCCCACAUGCAUCGACCACGAAGACCUUGGCACGCUUCUUCCAAGGUGCAUCGACGUAUCGCCGCGAUUUCUUCGUAGCACGCAUCGACCUGAUAACAACAGCGAUAGCGACAACACGGAAGACUAGCAGAGUGAAUUUUAAAAGCACCGAAUAAGAGAAAUGUCCGAAAAUUCAAUGUCUUCAUUAAAUUUACGCUACACGAAAAACGUCCUCAAUUGUCUUACUCUGAAACAAAGGCUAUUUUACGAGAAGAAUGGUUUUCUAGUAUUUCCCCGCCUCAUAUCACAAGAUGUGCUCGACAAAUGUAACGAAAGAUGUAACGAAAUCGCCGAAGGAAAGUUACAGAAAAAUACGAUGAUAGUAAUGUACGAUGUGAAGGACAGAAAAGCGCUAACUAAAAUACAAGAUAUGCAUACGGAUCCGGUAUUCCGUCAAUAUACCGAACACAAGAAAAUUCUUGACAUAGUCGAGUGUUUUACGGGACCAAACAUCAUGGCGAUACAUAGUAUGCUCAUCGUGAAGCCACCCGAUAGCGGAUUUGGAAGUUCGAGACACCCAGCGCAUCAAGAUCUGUACUACUUCCCAUUACGACCAGCCGAUCGUAUUAUAGGUAUAUGGACAGCCAUGGAACCUUGCAAUAUUGAAAAUGGAUGUCUCUAUGUAGCGCCUGGAUCACAUACUUUAGGGAACUUGUAUCCGCAUGGUUAUCCUCCGGAGUCGGAAGGAGUGAUGAACAAGUUUUAUCAUGGAAUACACCAAUUACCUUCGACGCUCAACAAUUGGGUAAAUCUUGAGAUGCAACCCGGUGACACAGUAUUCUUUCAUCCGUUGCUCAUUCACGGAUCUGGCAUUAAUAAAUCCAAGAAGACGAGAAAGGCGAUUUCUUGUCAUUAUGCAGCAGCAGAGUGUACUAUUGUUGAUGAUGAUCCGGUCCAGGACACUAUCAGGAAAGAGAUUUUAGAACUAAUGAAGAAAAGGCAUCCCAAUAUGGAGAUAAAAUACGCGGACAUAUGGCGUUUUAAAUCCUUGCUCGUGCGCGGUCUCCGUUCAUCUUAUUAAAAACGUUUAAUUGUAUUAUAUUAAUUUAGAGGCAUUUGUUUUCUACAAGGUUAUUAUUCUACGAUGAAAUAAUAAUUA